CGCGGCGAUGGCGGCGGCGCAGGCGGAGGCGGGCGGGGAGCGCUCGGGCCCGGCCGGGCCCGCCGGGCCCGCGAUGGGCGCUGUGGGGGCCGCGGGCCCCGCCGCGAACCACCGCGAGGCCGCGGAGGCGAAAGAAGAGCUGUCGCCGCCGCCGCUGCCGGGGCUGCGGCUGGUGCAGCAGGGCGCCGAGGCGCACGUGUACCGCGGGCUGUUCCUGGGCCGCAAGGCCGUGGCGAAGCUCCGCGUCCCGAAGCGGUACCGGCACCCGGCGCUGGAGGAGCGGCUCAGCCGGCGCCGCACGACGCAGGAGGCGCGGUCGCUGCUGCGGUGCCGGCGGGCAGGGAUUCCAGCUCCAGCCGUCUACUUCGUGGAUUAUGUCACCAACUCCAUAUAUCUUGAAGAUAUUGUAGACUCAGUUACAGUCCAAGAUCAUAUUUACUCUGUACAACGGAGUGGAAAUGAUACCAGCAGCCUCCAGGACUUAGCAGAGAAGAUGGGUGAGCUGUUAGCGAGGAUGCACGAUGAGGAUAUUAUUCAUGGGGAUCUCACAACUGCCAAUCUCCUUCUGCGGCCACCCGUGGAGAAGGUGGACUUGGUGUUGAUAGAUUUUGGACUCAGUUUUAUUUCAGGUCUUCCAGAGGACAAAGGAGUUGAUUUGUAUGUUCUGGAAAAAGCCUUCAUUAGCACUCAUCCAGAUACUGAAAUGAUGUUUAAAGCUCUGCUGAAGAGCUAUGCUGCCACAUCUAAAAAAUCUGGUCCUGUGAUCAAAAAGCUGGAUGAGGUGCGACUAAGGGGAAGGAAGAGAUCCAUGAUUGGGUAGAAGAGGGCAGGCUUAGGGAUGGGGAAAUAUUACGUUCUGCAAAUAGGGUUAUUUAUAUUUCUAGUUGGGUUUAUUUCACAUAUCACUAUUUUGAUAACUGUGUCUUCAAAUAAAUAAAUUUGAAUGAGUUUAAGUGUCGUAAAGUAACCAAAGUAAUUGUGAGAUGGGAGCACAGCCAAGAGAGAACUAAAGGUCACUUCUUUCCUAAAUGUUAAGUAUUUCAUCUACGAAAUAGUUUGCAGUGUCAUUCCACUCGUGUUCUUUGUGUGGUUAGAAUCAUUCAGAGUCAUCUUGCUCAGCCUGCAGACCAUGAAUUUGUGGGAUGUUCUUACCUGGGAGUACCUGAGCAUCUAUAAAAGGUAACUGAGAAAGAGAAAUGUGUUAUUUUAAU